UUUUUUCAUAUCAACACAACUCAAAAUCAAAACUUCUAAAUUUUUGUUUUUUUUUAAAAAUAUCUCAUUCACCACGAAUACCAAUAUAAGAAAGAGAGAGGAAACAUAUUCUCUUUUUCCUACCCACCAUUACUUCUCCUUCCCAACAUCUCUCUCAACAAAUUCAAACCAAACACACAUCCAAAAAGAAAAAAAAAAAAACCAAAAACUUCUUGAAUUCCAUUUUUUCCUUCUUCUAUUCUAUACAAUAAUAUUCUCUCUAAUUUUUUUUUCUUCUUUGUUGAAAUUAUUUUUAUGAAAAUGGAAAUUAUGGACACAACAUGUUUUAUGGUAGAUGAUGAUAUUUUAAAUUUCUCAUUAGAUGAUGAAAAAUACCAAACUUCUUGUUCUUCUUUUGAAUCUUCAAAUACCAUUGGAUUUCUUCCACAUGAUCAUCAUAGUCAUUCAUUUCCUGAUUUUGUGGAGGAAGAAUUGGAAUGGCUUUCAAAUAAAGAUGCAUUUCCAGCAGUUGAGUUUGACAUAUUCUCUGAUCAUAUCCCUAGUGUCAUAUUUGAUCACCAUAGCCCAGUUUCAGUACUGGAAAAUAGUAGCACCACCACGACGAGCCACAGCAGUUGCAACAUAAAUGUUAAAGAGAACGCGGUUAUGAGCCGCGCCCCUGGGAUCUUACAAGUCCCCGUUAACCAUCCUGUUGGUGCACGGAGCAAGAGAAGGCGAAGAACCGCCUUUGCUGAGUGGGGAAACCAAGUGAAAUUGAAGAACACUACUAAGCAAAGACUCACAUUGCUCUCAAAACCAAUGACCAAAGCUAAAAAAGCUACUAGCAUUGGUAGGAGGUGCCAGCAUUGUGGGGUCGACAAGACCCCACAAUGGCGUGGGGGUCCUACGGGACCUAAGACGUUGUGCAACGCUUGUGGGGUCCGGUAUAAGUCUGGAAGGUUGUUACCCGAGUAUCGCCCAGCGAAUAGUCCUACUUUUUCAGCGGAUUUACAUUCAAAUUCUCAUAGGAAAGUAUUGGAGAUGAGAAAGCAAAGGAUUAUGGAGUAGCAAAAUAUUCAUCAAUAUAGGCAGGUUAUUUAGUGGUCAAUCUAUGGCAUAUUUUUUCUAGCUUUUCUUUUUUAGCAAGUACCCUCAGACCUCACUCGUGGGAUUUCACCGAGUAUGUUAAUUCUUUUUUAGCACAAUUAGUAUGGAGUCUAGGUUUGUUUAAUAGCUAGAAGGUUACUGAACUAUUUGUUUUGAUUUCCAUCAAAAUCUACAAGGGAAUUUCCAGGUUAACCUAUUUUGGUUAUGCUUUUGGAACAAAAUAAAAAACAUGCUCCAAUCAAGGAUUUGAAAAA